AUGCUCUCCUCAUUCAAGAUCAGCGGCCUUGCUGCGCUUUCGCUGCUUUCACUGUCCGCAAAUGGUGCUCUAGUCUCGGUCCCCAACUUUGGGGCAAAUCCAACCAACCUCCUGAUGAACAUAUACGUCCCAUCCAAGUUGGCAACCAAUCCUGCAAUUAUUUUGGCUCUGCACGGCUGCUCAGGAACUGGGGAAUUCUACGCCUCACAGACAAAAUAUAACUCGUUGGCCGAUACACAUGGCUUUAUUACCAUCUUCCCAAGCGCUAAUCAUGACAACGGCUGCUGGGACGUUGCGUCAACCAAAACUUUGACGCAUGGCGGUGGUGGCGAUAGCAACGGCCUUGCAAACAUGAUAAGCUAUACGAUUUCUAAAUACAAUGCGGACCCCAAGAAAGUUUUUGUUACCGGGACAUCUUCCGGCUCUAUGAUGACGAACGUUCUGGCCGCUACGUAUCCAGAUGUCUUCGCCGCUGCAUCCGGCUACUCAGGAGUUGCGGCUGGUUGCCUGGCUGGCUCUCCUAGCUCUAGUCCACAGGCUGCUGAUCCGACCUGCGCUAACGGGAAAGUUAUUAAGACAUCCGCAGAGUGGACAAGCGUGGUAAAGGCAAUGUAUCCGGGAUACAGUGGUGCAUACCCUAGAAUUCAGCUCUGGCAUGGUACCGCCGACACCUUCGUCUCUUAUGCAAAUCUCGCUGAAGCGGUAAAGGAGUGGUCCGGCGUAAUAGGUCUUACCUUUACAAAGAAUGUCACCAAUACUCCUCAGUCCGGCUACACCCAGAUGGUUUAUGGAGACGGCACUCGUUUUAUAGCAUAUAGCGCCGCUGGGGUAGGCCACACUGUUCCAGUUCACGAGGACGUGGAUCUCAAAUGGUUCGGCAUUGUGUAA